AUACCAGCAUUAACAAUUGAUAUACAUCCUCAAUAUGAUGCAGAAACAUUUGCUAAUGAUGUAGCAAUAGUAACAUUAACAACACCAUUACCUGAAAAUGAUCCACGUAUUGGAACAAUUUGUUUACCAACUGAUGAACUUACAGGUAAAAGUUAUCCAUCGGAAAAAUCUUCUGGAAUAGCAAUUGGUUGGGGUUCAACAAAAUUUGGUGGUCAACCAUCGACAGCAUUAAAACAAGUUAUUCUACCUAUUCUUGAAACAACAAAAUGGCCAUGCAAUAUUUAUGUAACUUAUGCUCAGGGACAAAUAUGUGCAGGUGAACUUAGUGGUGGUUCUGACACAUGUCAAGCAGAUUCAGGUGGACCAUUAAUGGUAGAAAAUUCAGAUGGUCGGUGGGAAAUAAUAGGUAUUACAUCAUUUGGUAAAUCAUGUGGUAAACCAAAUUCACCUGGAAUUUAUACACGUGUAGAUACUUAUAAUAGUUUUAUUCGAUCAAGCAUAAGCCUCUCAAGAAAUGCUCCUUAUUAUUCUUCUUCUUCCUCUUCUCCGACUUCUCGAAUUUAUGCAUAUAAUAUUCUUUUCAAUAUUUUAUUGAUAGUAUCAUUCUUAAUGUGA